AUAUGCGAUGGUCGAAUUGAUUGUCUUAAUGGUGGUGUUGAUGAAAUUCAAUGUUUCAAUUUAGAAAUAAAUGAAUGCAACGAAAAUGAAUAUCGAUGCCAUAAUGGAUUGUGUAUUCCAAAAAUGUUCAUGGAAAUGGAUUUUGAAGAAGCACAAUGUCUUGAUGGAUCGGAUAAUUCAGUUAACUCAUUCUGCCUAAGAUUUUAUUUCCAUUUGAAUCUGUUUGAAUGUCAAGAAUUUAUAUGUCGACCUGAUGAAGGCAAAUUUUCGUGUGGUGAUGGGCAAUGUGUAGAAGAUUUUAGUCGAUGUAAAAAUAAUCGCCAUCUUGCUUUGGCUCAAUCGGUUAGUGUUCAAGGAAACUUAUUAUACGAAUGUUGGAUAAGCAUGGUUUGUCUUACGAAAAUAAUGGACAAAAUUGAGAAUAUAUCAUGUGAUGAAUUCAUUCAAUCUUCUGAGAUUAUCGAACAAUUAAAAAGUUGUAAGUUCCCUCUUCAAUUUCCGGUUAUUCCUGUACUCUAUGGUCAUGUAACAUUUUUAUAUCAUCCAAAACAGAUUGACAAUAUUAAUGUUACAUUAUCUCUUAAACCUGAUUAUAUAUGUUAUGAUGAACAAUUGUGCGAUUUUCUCACGCCUACAUUUCGUCAUGGAUCUUUGACAUGUCGCUCUGGUGAUCAAAUGAACCUUACGAUGAACACUGAAUUGACUACUUGGAAAUCAAUUAUCGAUUCAAUUAAACCAUAUUUUGAUGGUUGUAUUACUCAACAUUAUCAUAUCGUCGAUGCUCAUCGUUCAUCAUUAUAUCAUUGUAAAAAUUCCUCGAAAUAUAUUUCUAAACAUCGAAUUCUUGACGGUAUAUCAGAUUGUGUCUUAAAAGAUGAUGAGCAAGCAUUAUCUGAAUUAAGUUGUUCAUUAAAUCAAACCUCUCAAUUUCAAUGUCCAAACGAGAAACAGUGUCGAUCACGCUUUUUCCCAACAAGUAUCUGUUCUUUUCCGAUACAGAUAAGUCAUGAUGAUAUUCCAUUUUAUAAAAUAUGUGAUCGAAUCAUGGAUUUAUCUACGAUGCUGAUUGAUGGAAGAAAUCAUUCGGAUGAAACUGAUUGCGAAUACUGGCAGUGCAAUAAUAUCUACACACGAUGUGAUGGUUUUCGAAACUGUCUUAAUGGAGAGGAUGAAGAAAAUUGUAGACAACCCAUUGAUAUAGAACAUAUUCUUUUCUGUAUUUCAGCACAUAAUUAUACAAUGAAGUGUCUACCAGCUGAUCAAGUUAGGGGUGGAGCUGUUGAUUGUUUUAGAGCAUCGUUCGAUGAUUUUAAAUACCUUAUUGUGCCUAAUAUCACCUUUCAAAUGUACAAAUUCCGUUGUUGGAAUGACACAGAAUGUAUAGAAGACGAAAAUCUUUGUAAUGCAAAUGAAAAUUGUCCUAGCUAUGAUAAUGAGCCACUUUGCCCUAAUCGUUUACAAUUAUGUUAUGGCUCUGAUUCUGAUACGCUUAUCAAUAUGCAAGACGUUUCUUGUCAAGUCAUUAAUAAACCUUUUCCUUUGUUUUCAUUGGAAACUGCAUUAGAUUAUCCAUCAUUAUAUACUAUUCAGAAUAAAUCCAUUAAAAAUCAGAUUCAUGACAAAAAGAUAACUUCAUCGCCGGUUAAGAGUAUUACACAGUCUGAGAUCUGUAAUUAUGGUUUAUAUGUUUACCAUCGGUUUGGAAUCGAUAACUAUAGCAGUAUAUGUUUUUGUCCACCAAAUUAUUAUGGUGAUCGAUGUCAAUAUCAAAAUCAACGUGUCAGUCUAACCCUAACAUUGGCAACUGUUAGACAGCCAAUUAUUUAUGCUAUUGUUGUUACGUUGAUAGAAGAUGACAACGAUCGACAAGAAAUUCAUUCGUAUCAUCAAUUCACUUAUGAACCACUAAAGUAUUGCGGUAAAUCUGUGAAUCUCUAUCUGUUAUAUUCGAAGCGCGGAAAGAAUAAUUCAAAAAACUAUAAUAUCCGUAUCGAUGCAUUCAAUAAAGAUUCAUUGAAAUAUCUAAUAAGUUGGCAUUUAACGAUUUCAUUCGUCUUUUUACCAGUCAAUCGGAUAAGUGCGUUUUUAACUCUUCCGAUUUCUCGAACAUUCAAUACUAAACGCUGUGCUCUUCAAUGUUAUAAAGGUACCUGUAUGAAAUAUCAUAAUGAAGAACGAUUCUUCUGUCAAUGUUAUUCAGGUUGGUCCGGUGCACAAUGUCACAUUCCAAUAGAUUGCAGUAUGUGUGUAUCAAAUUCGAUUUGUACUGGUUCGAUUCAAAAUCGAUCAAUCUGUGUUUGUCCUCACGGAAAAUUUGGUUCUUCUUGUCGUCUUCAACUAGUAUGUCCAAUAGGAGUCUGCAAAAAUAAUGGUCGUUGUGUAGUAAUCGAUGAGAGAAUGAUUGAUAAAAGUUAUGUGUGCUUUUGUUCUGAGCAAUUUUUCGGGACAAGAUGCGAAAGUGUUAAACAUAGAAUAGAUAUUUCCCUUACAAAUAUCGAAACUCCAUUGUAUUUACUCGUCUAUAUUUAUACUGAGAUUAGUUUCGAACGAUCACCACCAAAAUUUGUUAUACUCAGAAAAAUGACUAUGUUUCAAAGUAGUAUCACCUUGUACUCUCAAGCACAGUUCCGAAUGGUUAUUGCCAAGAUUGAUAAUCGUUAUUAUUUGGCUGUACUUCGAAAAUUUGUAUCAUCCAACAUAGUAACCUCCAUCAGUCCCGCCCAAAAAUGUGUUCCAAUUCAUGAGCUUUUGAAUGAUAAAUUACUUUCGAUGCCACGAAUUCAACGAUUGAAAAGCUAUCAUAUUCCAUGUCAACGUGAUUCUAAUCUACAAUGUUUUGUCGAUGAAUUCUACAUGUGUUUGUGUACGGAAGAACGAGAUAGUAACUGUUUUCCAUUAGAACACCAACGGAUCUUUGCCUGUGAAGAUGAUGUUUAUUGUGAAAAUGGUGGAACAUGUUUACAAGAUCGACGUAUAUGUUCUAAUAACAUUCUAUGUAUAUGUUCUGAUUGUUUCUUUGGUAAUCGAUGUCAAUUUUAUGCCAAAGGCAUUGGACUGACAUUAGACGAUUUAUUACGUUAUGAAAUUCGACCUAAUAAUACAUUAAAUGAUCAAUCAUUGAUUAUUAAGCUAAGUGCUACUGCUAUAAUGAUUAUUUUUCUAAUUGGUACUGUAAAUGGUUUUCUUAGUUAUCUAGUCUUUCAUAAUCCAAAUUCUCGUAGAGUAGGUUCUGGAAUAUAUCUUCGAUUAUCAUCAAUCAUUUCUAUUCUGGUUGUCAGUAUGUUAAUCAUCAAAUUUUGGUUUGUAACAUAUACAUAUAUAAAUCAAUCGAUCAAUCGUAAUAUUCAUCAAAUCGGAUGUAUACUAUUCGAACCUCUACUUAGAUUUUUCUUAUAUAUGAGUAACUGGCUGAAUACUUGUGUAGGUAUUGAAAGAGCCAUAGCAGUUUUCAAAGGAAUUAAUUUUAACAAGAAACAAAGUAGACGUAUUGCACGACGGACACUUUGUAUUUUACCAUUCUUUAUUUUGGGUUCGAUGAGUUAUGAACUUAUUCAACGCGAUUUACUCGAUGAUCACGAAGAACACCGUGUUUGGUGUGUAAUUCGUUAUUCUGAAUCAGUUCAAAUAUAUACUACCGUCGUACAAUAUUUUCAUUUUGUCGCACCAUUUUCUGCUAAUCUAUUUGCGACUCUUUUCAUCAUACUGAAGUUAACUCGUCAACAAGCGAUCCUUCGAACUCAUAUUAGCUAUCAACAACAAUUACUUAAUAAAUUCAAUGAGCACAAACACCUUGUUAUUAGUCCUAUUGUACUAGUCAUUUUAUUAUCACCUCGUUUUCUUAUUUCACUAUCAUCAGGAUGUGUUAAAGCAUCUCGAAGUCCCUGGUUGUAUCUAUUCGGUUAUUUUAUUUCUUUUAUUCCAUCGUCUUUUAUCUUUAUAAUAUUCGUUUUACCAUCGACUUUCUACAAGAAACAAUUCAAAAAAACAAUUAAUACUUGGUGGCAACGAUUUAUCAGAGCUAUUAGAGUUUGGAACCCAUGA